CACGUGACAGUAUAUAUAUCUUAAAAAAGCAUUUUCCAUUUGUUCUCUAUCUCAUUUCACCCAUUCUGGUAGUCUCCUCUCCAAGCCACCACCGCCAUCGACAUGGAAAAUGAUAACUCAAAUAUCGACACUGCUGAGUUGAUCGCCGCUGCUUCUGAUUUCGCUAACUAUCCUGCUUCUCACACCGAUACUUCUGCAAAGGACUUCCUCACUCGCUUUCCUCUCCUAGUCAUUCUCCGUGCUUUACAAACCAGAGAGGAAGUGCCCGGUCUGGAGAAUACUUUAGUUGAUUGUCAAGAAAGGUUAUUUAAAACAAAGUACGGUGCCUCUCUGAUCCCGCACUCCAUGCCUUUCGUCGUAGUGGGCCUCGGUGCUGACUCUCAACGUGUUAGAGGUUUAGCUUGUAAAACGGUGUCUUCUCUGUUGGAUAACACACAUGAUACUGCGACUGCUAUACAACUUGUUCUCGAGUAUAAAGUGUAUCCUCUAUUGCUGACUAGCCUCAUCCAGGGUGAUGAACAAGUAUCUGCUGCGUCGAUGGAUGCAAUCAAAAGUUUGGCUAUUACUCCAGGGGGCGUGGAUAUUGUUUUUCCUGCUGAAACGAAUGAAGCGACAGACCUCAAGUGUUUACUGUCAAGAAGUUCCUCUUUGGGAAGAGUUCGCAUAUUAGCUUUGAUAGUGAAACUAUUCUCUAUUUCCAGUUCAGUGGCAUCAGUAGUUUACAACUCGAAUCUUCUCAGCCUACUGGUGGAAGAAGCUCUUACUGGGAAUGACAUGCUCAAAACUUUGAGUGUUAUAGAACUUCUUUAUGAGGCAGCAGAAGUUCCACAUGGUACAGAGUUUUUGUCCAAGACUACAAUUCUUGAGCUACUCAGUUCCAUCAUCAGCAAUCCCAUGGCUGAAUCAAUUCUAAGAUCUAGAUCAAUGAUGAUAUGUGGAAGGCUCUUGUCCAAGGAGAACAUUUACAUGUUCGUUGACGAAUCCAGUCUUAAAACAGUAACUUCUGCUAUUGAUGGAAGGUUCAACGUGGGGGAAAGUCUGGAACCAGAUGAAUGUGAAUGUGCCCUUGAAGCAUUGGGUAACAUAGGGUCCUCUAUCCAAGGAGCUAAAAUGCUGCUUUCAAGUUCACCUCCUGCUGCUAGACAUGUCGUGGAUGCUGCCUUUGCUUUUCAUGGCCGUGGUGGCAAACAGCUAGCUGGUCUACAUGCUCUGGGAAACAUUGCUGGAGAACCUCGACCUGAAGAUGAUGUGAUACUUGAUGGUGCUGCGGAAGAAAGCCUUCAGCGCUUGAUAUAUGCAACAGCAUCCAAAACCUCGAAGUUAACACCAUCAGGUCUCUUACUUUCAGUUCUUCAACAAGAUUCAGAAAUCCGUCUUGCGGGAUAUAGAUUGAUAAAGGGACUAGUGAUCAGACCAUGGUGCCUGAUGGAGAUCUGCUCCCGACAAGAGAUGAUAAAUAUAAUAACUGACAGUUAUACUGAAACUACCAAGAUAGGUAUGGAAGCUAGAUAUGAUUGCUGUCUGGCAAUCUACAAGGCGUUCACAUCAUCGAGCAAACUGAUCAGAGACCCUAGUCUUGCUGCGGUAGCUGCGAAGCUGCAGGAAGUGGUUAAAAAUGGUCCAUACCUUGCAAGAAAGCAUUCAGAAGCUCAACCUAUAGUAGUGACUGAAGACAGAUUUUAGUUUAAUCCAUACUUGUCAGGGCAGGGCUUUACAGGGUAGUUAUAAUGUAAGAGGUAUCCAGGUAGAUGUUUGAAUUGUAGCCUGAAACUAUGUAUCUAAGUAUUCACUUCUACUCAGUUUUUUUUUUCUACUGGAUAUAUGUAGAUUCAAAAGUUAAUCCUGUUAUCUUAUCAGCUGAGUGAGAAGCACCUUAACAGUGA